GUGUCCUGUCUGUGUUUGAAUCCUUCACUCUGAGUUGGAAGGCCAACGAGAAAGCAAAUCGCUGCAAUGAAUUCCUUGGCGUUAUCGUUUGUAGCAUUAGCAUGCCUCGGGGCAAUUCACAGCUCAGAUGCUGAAGUUAAAGCUGUCGUUACAAAGAAAGUGUUCUUCGACGUCAGCAUUGGCGGCAAGAAGGCAGGGAGGAUCGUAAUAGGCCUAUUUGGCGAUGUCGUGCCAAAAACUACCAAGAAUUUCUAUGCACUCUGCACACAUUCGAAUGGUUUUGGCUACAAAGGCAGCCACUUCCAUAGAGUCAUCAAGGAUUUCAUGAUGCAAGGUGGUGACUUUACCAACAUGGAUGGCACUGGAGGUAAGAGUAUUUAUGGAGAGAGAUUCCCAGAUGAGAACUUCAAGUUGAACCACUAUGGAGCUGGUUGGCUCAGUAUGGCAAAUGCAGGUGCGGAUACAAAUGGAUCACAAUUUUUCAUCACUUUCACAAAGACACCUUGGCUUGAUGGCAGGCAUACUGUGUUUGGAAAAGUUCUUGAAGGAAUGGAUGUUGUAAGAAAAGUUGAAGCUGUCGAAACUGGAAUGAGAGAUGAUCCCAAAUCAGAAGUUAAAAUUGAAGAUUGUGGUUCUCUCCCUGUUGAAAAGCCAUUUGAGGUCAAGAAGGAGCCUGUAGAGUAGAUCUUAUUUGUAAAGUAUUUAAAUUUUUCUAAUUUUUCAAUGCUACUAAAGGAAA